AAGGAGCUUACUGAGAACUGCUGAGAACGGCGGAAUCUCAGAUAAAACCCCUCUCUGCUGAUCUGUGUUACUCCGGUUGAAGUGGAAACACUUUUGAAGCAUGCAUAUCUUUGUAUUUCGUUGUGUACUGACAUGAUAGUCAAAUCAGUUGUUGAAAUAAUCAUUUACAUGCAUAGUCAAUAAUUGGGUAAAGGAUAGAAAGGCAGAUAUAUCUUAAAAAGUAUUUUUUUCAACAAAGUUUGUAUUAUUAAUUUAUUUAAAGCUUUUAAUUUUAUACUACAAAAGAAAUAGUGACACAUCUAAUGAACUUAAGUAGUUUAACGUAAAUAAUUUAAAGAGCAUGUUGUAUUUUGAGAUGUCGCUGUCCAACCAGAUGUGUCAAUUUUUAUAAUUUAAAGGAAGUUCGGUUAACCUAUCAGAAUGUUUGGUACAUUGCGUAACAAAUUUCAAACUGUCCAAGAAGGUUUAUCAGCUAGUAUACGUGGCUUAACGACAUCCGAAAGUUCAAAACCUAAGAAGAAAGCAAAUGUACGAAAUAUUAACUAUGGUGCAGGAGCAGAUAUUCUGCAUUAUUUUCAGUUACAAUGGAACGAAUUGCAUGAACUCGCUGAAUUAAAUGCUGAAAAGGCUCAGGAAGCAGAUACACUUAUUACAAACAUAUAUGAAAGACUGCAAGAAGAGUGGAAUGGUGUUUCUUGCCUGAAUAGCUCUAUAGCUUCCAUACCAAAAAUAAACAAUGAAAUUCAAAUAUUAAUGGACCAAAUUGGAUCUUUGCAAGAAUUAUUUGAGGAAGUUGAAGGAGCAAUGUUUAAAUUGGAAGAUUUAAAUGAAAUAUUGGAUUUACAAAGUCGACAACUAGAUCAUAGAUUUCAAUUGGCUUUGUAUAAAGAAAAGAAAUUAUCUGAAUUAGACUCUGUGAGAGCUAAGUUGGCUGAGGAACAUUCCAAUAAAGUACUGCAACAUGAAAUAAAACAACAGAAAACAUUACGAGAAAGACAAGAGACAUUUGAAGAAGCUUUUAAACAAGAACUGGAAGAAUAUAAAAAUACAGGGUGCCUUCUCAAAUUACCUGCGCUCCAGCAAGGACCAUCUCUGGACGAGAUCGAAUUAGAAACGAAUUCAGCGGACUUUCAUGAAUUUUUAGACAAUUAAAGGUCUAGAAAUUCCAUCAAAUUUUGUUGCGGCAGUCUGUAUUUGUAGCCAUCGGGGGAGUUUGCAGUCUAUAUAGGUAUUCUAAAUAUAAUUUCAAGUUAACAUUUAUCGUAAUCGGUAAAGAAACAAAAUUUAAUGAAACAACUCAUAAUUCUGGAAAAUAAAAGUUUUAAAAUCAAUAGGUCAAGACUAAAGUGGCAAGCAAUAAAAUUCCAGGUGAUUGAUUAUA